AUGUAUCACAAAGCUGUUUCGGCCAAGUUAUAUGAUGAUGCUAAGCCGGGUAAGGUAAAUGACAAUGCUAAGCCGGAUAAGGUGAAUGACGAUGCUAAAACGAUUGUUGUCGAGAUAGAUGUUGGGGAAGCUUACACACUACUAUAUGGAAAUAAGGAAGGAUUCGAUAAAAUUCACAAUGCUUUUGUUCCAUGUGUUACCAGUUCCGCACCAUCUGAAAAGUGGAUGUACUUACCUGAAAUGGACAAUCUUAUAGAAAGUGCAUAUGAUAUAAUGUAUAUUGAUCUGACGAGAUAUGGUUUUUCAGAGACAUGUUUCCCACUUCGGAGUCGUCCACCUCAAGACCCAUUCGGCCGCAUCAUUUGUAUUGGGUAUCUUAGAUCACUUCAUUUUGUUCAGGUUUAUUUGAAACCAGGGUGUCAUAUUGCGGCUACGUCUGUAGAAUGGACGACACAUUUUUCUAAAGAGGCAGAAACUUGGCCUAAUCAUUUUUUGAAAAGAAUGGAAGAAUUCAUCAAGUUGACAGAGCUUGAGAGAGAAAUAAAUAGGGAGAAGUCGAAGAAAGAUUUAAAGGUUAUGUGGAGUACUUUUCGCUGA